CGUCGACAAAGAGGGCUUCAGAACUGGCGUCAGACCGCGUGCAUAAUUGUUAACGAAUUGGUCCAAGCAUCCAAGGAGGACCACCAAAAUGGUGGCGAAGCGCCGCGCAAUUCCGAAACGGGAUGGAGAGGCAUUUCUGAUAGCUGCAGUGCUGGUCAGGUAUCUCUUGAUUGACGUUUAACAGCGGCGCGCCAUGUGAAGUUUUUCGCCCUGUGUCUCCGCGCCAGCCAUUCGCCGUGUCUUGAAUGCAGUGCAGCUCAGCUGUGCGUGUGUUUCGCUUCCCCCUGAUGCCGCUCGCUGCAGGCUUGGCCCGGGCUGCGCAGCCGCUGCCCCAGGGCGCUGCGCUGCGCCUGGCCUCCAGCGCUGGCCCUGCCACGUGCCACCACCCCGGCCAUCACACCCUCACGGCCCUCCAGCAUGCUCCGCUGACCUCACCACUGCCAGGCUGGGCUGCGGCCAACUGGGGGGGAGGGGCGCCAUUUGCACUUGGAGGAACAGUCCAACCCCCACAGGCUGGGCUGGGGCACCAUGCGCCCCUAGGCCUGGCAUCCUCCCCUGGUGGCCCUGUGACCAGCGGGGCGCUCAGGUCGCCGGCGGCCGCGCGCGAACACUCCAGCGCUGCACACAGCCAGCGGGGGGAGCAGGGGUCGGGGGUACCGGCCAUUGCGCCGCGCAAGCUGACCCCCACGGAGCGCCGGGAGCGGACGCUGCAGCGGCUCCAGGCUGCUGUGCACGAGACAGGGGUGCCUGGCCCCAGUGAGGGGGAGGUGCGUGGGGGGGUGGGGGUGCAGCUGACGUCGCGUAUGCGGGGCCCACCCAUCUGCCCGGGGUGCGGCGUGCAGAUGCAGGACAAGCAGCCCGCGCUGCCGGGCUACUACCGGCGGCCCAAGGAGGAGCCCCGCGGCGACCAGGACCGGCUGGCCGCCAGGGUGCUGUCAGACGAGGAGGCGGAGGCGCUCAAGGCGCAGGGCCUGGUGGUGGAGGAGGCGGCCCCGCCCCGGCGCGUGGACCCUGCUGCGGAGUGGGACGCGCUGCUGGAGGAGGAGGAGCAGGACAUCUCCGCGGAGGACCUGGCCGCCAUUGGCUACAGCAGCGUGGACGAGGCGCUGGCCGGCCUGCGCACCGUGGCGCUCCCGCCGGGGCUGGACGCGGGCCUGCUGGCCAGCGCAGCGCAGCUGGACGGCUUCCUGGACGACGAGGACGAUGCCGACGAGGCCGGGGGCCCAGCCCAGGAGCGGCGCCGGCGCGCACCGCGCGUGGAGCAGGAGGUGGAGCGGGAGAAGGCUGUGGUGUGCACGCGCUGCCAUGCCCUGCGCCACACCGGGAAGGUCAAGGACCGGGCCCUCGAGAACCUGCUGCCCGACUUCGACUUUGAGCGCGUCAUUGGUGGUCGCCUGCGCAAGACUGCGCCCGGCCGGCCUCGCCCCGUGGUGGCCAUGGUGGUGGACGCAGCGGACUUCGACGGCUCGUUCCCGCGCCGCGCCGCCGAUGUGCUGCUCCAAGUGGAGGCAGACAACCCCACCGCUUCGCCGCGGCUUGUGCUCGUCGUCAAUAAGGUGGACCUGCUGCCCAAGGUGGUGGGCCACGUCCGCCUGGAGCAGUGGGUGCGGCGGCGCGCGCGCGCAGCGGGUGCCCCCCCUCUGGCGGCGGUGAGCAUCGUGAGCAGCCUCAAGGUGUACGGCAUCCGCGACCUGUCGCACACGCUGUGCACGCUGGCCGGCCCGCGCGGGGACGUGUGGGUCAUUGGGGCGCAGAACGCGGGCAAGUCCAGCCUGAUCAACGCGCUGGGCAAGGUGAACGAGACGCGGCGGCCCGCGCUGACGGAGGCGGGCGUGCCGGGGACGACGGUCGGGGUGGUGCCGCUGGACGGGGUGCUGCCCAACAAGGUGCGCCUCUUCGACACGCCCGGCCUGCUGCACCCGCACCAGGCCACCACGCGCCUCACGCCCGACGAGCUGCGCCUCGUGCUGCCGCGCAAGCCGCUCACCCCACGCACGUACCGCACCGCCGUCGGGCAGUCGGUGCACGUGGGGGGCCUGGCGCGCAUCGACGUGCUGGCCGCGCCGGGCGCCACCAUCUACCUCACGGUGUGGGCCUCGGCGGACGUGGUGACGCACCUGGGCAAGACGGCGACGGCGCAGGCCACGCUGGAGAAGCACUGCGGCAGCACGCUCGUGCCGCCGGAGGGCGACUGGGAGCGCGUGGCAGCGCUGGGCAAGUGGCAGCCGCGCACGAUCGACGUGGCGGGGGACUCGUGGGAGCGCAGCAGCCUGGACGUGGCGCUGUCGGGGGUGGGGUGGGUCGGGGUGGGCCUCACGGGCGAGGCCAAGAUCCGGGUGUGGACGUGGCAGGGCAUCGGGGUGACGCUGCACGAGGCCAUGGUCUACGACUUCUCCAAGGACCUCUUCCGGCCAGGCUUCGCGGGGGUCAAGGUGCAGUUCGGCCAAGUGGGGCCCGCCAAGAAGAAAGCGACCACGAAGUGACGGGAUGCGGGAUUGCGUUUCGGUCCAGUGCUGACCGGCUUGUAGUACCCUUGUGCUGCCCACCGAUUUCACCUUUGAGUUGCGUACCUCUGCAUUCAAGGUGCACCUUUGCUCUUUGAAGUCACUGCUCUUCCUAUCAACCGCCACCGUCACCGUCACCUUCUCAAGAGUUAAAAGUUAACUGGGUGGCAUUAGCCCGGCUGUGCGUGGAUGGUGAUGUUUCCCAAAAACUCACAUCAUCGCGUUAAAGAGGGCGUCAGACUAGGUAUACCCCACGUCACGUGGCUGCGCGGCGACUUCAUGCAUGGCAUGGGCACCACCUGCGGUGUCGCAACCAAAAGUAUGUUGUCAUGGGCAUUGAGCGAUCAAAACAGCUAUGUACGGGCCUUUCUGUCGCCGGAGGUGGGACAUGUCCCACGACGCCCUCUUUAAAGCCUUCCGGGCCCGCUUGUAAAUUGCCAAGGGUUGGAUCAAUAUGUUGGUAACCACGCUUUCCGUAAGCUUGGAGGC